AGGCAGAAAGAGGAGGGCUCCGAGGUGGGCCGAGCCGACUGACUGUAGUCAAUGUGUGUAUGUGGUGUGUGUUCGUCUCAACGUAGCACGAAACGUGUCUCCUCUCAGCAAAGACACACACACACUAAGACGUGCUAGUUAACGGUUUGCUUUUUGGUAUUGAAAGUUUUGUUUUUGUCGCCUUGCUAUUGUUUCGAUGUUAUGCCGUGUUUAUUAAAACAUUCCGCUUGUGAACCGUAAUAUUUAUUGGCCAAGAGCAGCCGACUUCGUUUCUACUAAAGAGUGUCCGCUUCUCCUCCCCUCGAUGAAGCGCUGCGAUGCCCUCUGAUUUUAUAUCCCUCCUUAGCUCGGAUAUCGACCUCAAUUCCCCCAAAUCUCUAUACUCUAAAGAGUCGGUAUAUGACCUCCUCCCCAAAGAGCUCCAGCUCCAGCCGUCGUCCACCCAGACAGACCCAACCACCAUGAGCCAGAAGAGUGGGGGAGAGGCGGGACCUCCCCCCUCGGCAGCCUUGGCCUCAGAUGCCACCUCGUCCACCUCCAGCCCCUCUGCCCCCUCCUCCUUGGCCAUGGGAGCUCCGUCCUCUGGCCCCUCUACCUCGUCCUCAGACCACCUGAAGGUUGCCCAGCAUCUCAAAUCCGCUGGAGGGGACGGAGCCGCAGCGUCAGAGAUGCAAGGUAUGGAGGGUGCUGUAUCUGGCCCAAGCCGAGGCAACAGCGGAGCAAACAGCGCAGCGGUGGACGUAGGUUCAGGAGUGCUGUCGGGGCUGGGCGUCCAGCAACCUCAGAACACCCCAUCAAAACGGAGGCCCGUGUUGAGCAUAUCCCCACCACCCGAAGACUUAUUGGAUGACAGCCAGAUGUCCUGCCAGGAGGAACCCGCUGUACCCGGUGCGCCGCCUCCGGACUCCGAGCACAGCAGCAGCAUGUGGGCCGACGACUCGGUCUCCAACUUCAGCUUGAUCAGCUCCAUCUCCUACAACGACAACACAGAAGUGCCACGCAAGUCUAGAAAACGCACACCUAGACAGCGGCCCGGUCCCAAGCCCGCUCCUCCGGAGGACAGCAUGGAUGUGUUCGACGCCGACAGCGCCAAGGCCCCUCACUUUGUCUUGUCUCAGCUAGGCACCGACAAGAACAAUCCCAUAGCCAGCUCUCUUGAGUCAGGGAGUGCAGUGAAAAGUGGGUCGCUAUCUGCUCAGUUCCCCCAGAAGAGUGAUGGGAAGGAGUUAAAGAUCCUGGUGCAGCCAGAGACCCAGCACCGAGCUCGCUAUCUGACCGAGGGAAGCAGAGGAUCUGUGAAAGAUCGCACACAGCAGGGAUUCCCCACUGUCAAGUUGGAGGGUGUUAGCGAACCGGUGGUGCUUCAGGUAUUUGUUGCAAACGAUUCAGGCAGAGUGAAGCCUCACGGUUUCUACCAGGCGUGCAGAGUGACAGGGCGCAACACGACUGCCUGCAAGGAGGUUGACAUAGAGGGCACCACUGUUAUUGAGAUCCCUCUGGAGCCCAGCAGUGACAUGACACUUGCGGUGGACUGUGUGGGAAUUUUGAAACUGCGUAAUGCUGAUGUGGAGGCCCGCAUUGGAGUGGCAGGAUCCAAGAAGAAGAGCACACGUGCCAGGCUGGCCUUCAGAGUUGGCAUCCCCCAGCCUGAUGGAUCGGUCCUUACUUUACAGAUCCCCUCAUCACCCAUCCUCUGCACCCAGCCAGCAGGAGUGCCAGAGAUCCUGAAAAAGAGCCUCCACAGCUGCUCAGCGAGGGGAGGAGAGGAAGUUUUUAUUAUCGGAAAGAACUUUCUCAAAGGAACCAAAGUUAUUUUUCAGGAAAACAUUGCAGAUGACAAUUCCUGGCAAGCUGAGGCAAAGAUUGACAUGGACCUUUUCCAUCAGAAUCAUUUGAUAGUGACCGUCCCUCCGUUUCACAACCAGUCAAUCACUUCUCCCGUUUCUGUGGGGAUCUUUGUGAUGACCAAUGCUGGUAGAUCACAUGACGCCCAACCAUUCACCUACACUCCAGACUUAGCUGAUAACUCAAACGUCCAGACUGUAAAAACAGAGGGGCCCUCCCUGGUCAAAACUUGUAUAUUUGAUGAACAGAUGAAGUCUAUUUCCACUGAGCGACCUGACUGCUGUGGUCAGCCUUCCAAAGAGGACACACCUAUGGAGGUUUCUAGCAAUCCACCACCCUCGGAUGUCUUCAAAUCGUCCCCUGACCCCCUCAUCUCAGUGCAGCAGACCCUGGAGCUCAGCUCUAGUCCUCAUCCAGGUGGAGAGUCCUUUCAGAACCCAUUGCCCCUACAGCCUGAAGAUGUGGAGCUUCCCCAGGCGCCUCCUGUCUUCCCUAGCCUAGAGGCUCUCAGCAACAUACAAAAGCAAGACAUUACCCCGACAACAUCCUUCCCAGUCUCAGGAGACACCACGAUCCCCCCUGUGACACCAGAAGUUCCUCAGCAGUUCCUCAGAGACCCUCAGGAAAGCUUGCCUCCUGAGAGCCCCAGUAAUAGUGGAGGGGUCGUGGUCGUGGCCAUGCCCCAGAUAACGGCUCCCUCUCAGCCACAGCAGCAGCAGUCGCAGGUUCCCCUGUUUCCACAGGAAGGGGUGGCACAGCUGGAGAGGGCAGUAAGGGAGCUACAGGCCGGUGGUAACACCACGCUGCAGCAGGUUCUGGAAGCAGCUGUAGCCCAGCAGCAGUUGAACUCAGUGCUGUAUAGCCCUACGCCCUCUGCAGACUCUCUUCAGCAGCACGUCCAAGAGAACAUGAACAGCCUGAGAUUGGGUGCUCCAGAUAAUUCACUAUCGGCACAACAACAGCUACAAAUACAGCAGCAACAGCAGAUACAACAGCAGCAGCAGCAGCAGCAGCAACAAAUACAGCAGCAGUUUCAACAGCAUCAGCAACUGCAGCAACAACAGCAAAUCCUUGGAAACCUUCAGCAUCAACAGCAGCAGCAAGUCCUCAACAACAUGCAGAUCCAACAGCAACUCAUAUUGCAGCCCCAAGACCAACAGCAACUACAACAGCAACAGCAGCAAAUCAUGGAGAAUAUUCAACAUCAGCAACAACAGUUGCAACAAAAUCAACAACAGCAAGUCCUUAACAACAUCCAACUCCAAGAUCAGCAACAAAAUCAAAUUCUUUCCAAUUUACAACAACAUCAACUACAACAGCAACAGCAACAACAGCAGCAAAAUCAAGCACUGAGCAACCUGCAGCAUCAACAACAGCUGCAAGAGCAGCAGGUCUUGGAGAAUCUGCAGCAGCAGCUACAGGCAGAGUUGCUCCAACCCCAGAUCCACUCUUCUACGCAGGUUCAGCAGCCAGUCUCAAUCCUUCAACAGGCCGGGGAGCUGCUUACAAUCCAGACCAGCUUCCCAACACAGCCUCCAUCACACACCUCUCCCCCACAACAACUCUUCCAGUCGCCCCGGCCCUUAUCUGAGUCCCAGGGCUCCCAGCAGCAGGUCCAGGCUGCCCUGCUGCAGAAUACAUUGACAGUCCUCACUACAGGCAGUCUCAGCUCAGAGCAGCAAUCCACAGGGUCGGCCUUAUACCUGUCUCCGAACCCCCAACCGCAACAACAGCAGCAGCUGGCCUUCAUCUCCUCCAUGGAGACGUCCAACAGCCAGCCUCAGUCUGUUGCAAUGUUUCAGAACCAACCCCAAGCCCAGCUUUCCCAAAUGCAGCAACAGAGCACUCCCAUGGAGCAGCAGCAGUCUCCGCAGCAGAACCAACAGCAGCCGCCGCAGCUUCCGAUGACCCAGCAAGGCUCCUUAUUCCAGAGUAUCCCAAGUCACUCACAGCCUAACAAUGUCACCCAGAACCAGCUCUCACAACCCCAGCAAACGGGCCUGCUUCUCUGCGCCGCUGAUCUCAACCCCCAGGCUAUGCCCCCUACUAUUCUCUUCAGCACCCAGACCCAAGGGCCCUCCCCUAUGGAGAGCAUUAGCGUUGGGAUCUCCCAAUCAGACUCGGCAGAACCCAUGUCUUUCCAAGACCAGAGCUCUUCAGGCAGCAACACGACAUCAACCGAGCAGCCAAUGCAAGUAGGGCCAAGCUCCAGCCGCGUCCCAAACAGUCAACCGGUGGAGCUGUUUUUACCGCAGACGUCUCUGUCCAGCCUGCAGAGCACUAUUGGCUCACAGGAGCUAAACACCCAGGCUCCAGCUCCUGGCACGACCAUUUUUGUGGUGCAGGGUAGCGUCGGUGUGGUGGCCAGUCCUGGACAGCAACCCCCAGAGCAGCUUUUCCAGACGACUGUGGGCGGCAGCGUGGCUCCGCAAGGACAGACCAACCUGUUUGUUUUUGGCAUCCAGAAUGACUCGUCCCAGCUGCUCAACUCUUCCGGAGCCACCUUGCCCGCCCAGAGCCAGGCGCAGAACUCCACACACCUGCAGCCUCUGCUGGAUCAGCCCAUGGCCCAGGCUGCCUCCUCGAUGCCAUCCACCUUGCAUGGCAACUUGCGGAACACGCUUGAGGCACAAAUGCAGUCCAGCUUAGAGAACGCCAUGCAGACCAAUCUAGACAACGCCAUGCAGACAAACACACAAACAGCUCUGCAGUCCAGUUUACAGGCGACCAUAGCAACAAGCCUACCGACUCCAAUGCAGACCAGUCUACAGACACAGAUACAGAGCAGCUUACAGAAUCAAUUGCAGGCAUCGUCCAGCAUGGAGAAAAUUGAGGACCUACUGGAAAGUCUACAGAAGCAGUGAUAAAUGUUUGGACCAUGUGGGUGCUGAGGAAGAGUGUGAGUGACAUGUAGCGAGUAGAGAGUUCAUAAAAUCAACAAACAGAAUGGCGGCGCGUUAAGUUUUGCGCCAGUGUCGCAAAACUUUUAAUUGUUAAAUAACGAAAUAGCCCUUUUACUGAAACCCCCAAACUACGAGCUCAUGUAACUUUGUUUUUAUGAAAUAUUUAUCGUUAAUUAUAACCCCCCGUCCAUACAUUGUUCUUGAAUUGAUGAAUCCGCCAUUGUUAUUACCCUCUCGCAGGAUCAGAGAGGCCUGUAAUGACUGCUUUAUCCAUGAGUGUCGAAAAUGCAGUGUUUUGUUGUCAGAGAGUUUUAAUAAUGUGAGCCUAAGAGAUGACGAUGAUGAUAAAAUCCCACCAGCUGAAGUGGGGGAAAAACUGGAAAGGGAUAAAGAAUGUAAGUAACAGGAAAAUAGUGCGGUGAUGGAGAGUAGUCGGUAACAUCAGGCAGAGUAGAUGAAACAGACAGUUAUGAGGAGACUAUCAGAUUGCACAUGAUCGUCAGAUAUGGGCUGAAUCUCAUUUCAUGAGUGUGUGAACUCCGAACCUUCACUUUGAAAAGCUGUGUGUUUGCAUAAUGUCAACAACUUGACUGAAAUCUACUCUAAGAGUACAGACUAUUACAGUGUAGAAUUCUUUGUAGAAUGAUGUGUUAACGAUUUGCAAAAUAAUAUUUACUGGCACGGCCGGGGUCUGUGCUUGAACAGUCCCCAAAUAUUUCAGCUUCACUCCCUUCGACAUGAACCCGCGCACCAAAAUGCAACAAGAGGGGGAAAUACUAACGCACUCUCGCAAAUGAGAUUCAACCUGGUAAAUAAUGUGACUUGGCCUUUGUUUUUAGCACUUCCCAGUGUUUUCAUAUGUUUAGGCCUCAUCACUGGGUGUGCAGAAGCUUUCAUGGUGAACUUUUAAAUAGCAUUCAACUAUGUAGUGUGUGUAUAUCUUUUUUUUUUUUGCUUUGAAGAAGUUGGUAAGUCUUACCAACUCAAUGUGGAUAGAAAGGAACUUUCCACUCGUGAAAAUGGAGUGUUGUGUGGUUUUCUAAACAUUUUAUCUCAAGCACUUUAAUAACCUCUUUUGCGUAAACUGCUAAUCCUUAUAUCCGUCCACAGCUCCCUACUGACCUAGCUGAAUUUGUACUCAGAAACAUCCGUUUAAAAUACAAGCAGGAAAAAAAUAAAAUAACAAUUAAAAAUACGUCUUUGCAGAAGAAAAUACACCUUAACCGCGCGUUUUUACAUUCUCCCAUGAAUACUUUUGAGGUCUGAACAACUUUGUAUAGAACGUCUGCUCACCGUUGAAUCCCUGUUUUUAAUUCAGCGUCAGUGGUCCAGUCAAGUCUGUCCAAACGCACCCAUUCCCACAAAAGCAUUGUCAUGUGUCAGUGUUUGCGUGGCAAACUAGGCCGUUGUGUUUUACAACCCAAAAUGUUGAUUCACUAUGUUUGUACAGUAAAAUGAAGGAUCUAUUCUUUGUACCGGUUCCUGUUAAACCUGUCAGUUCAGUUCAGUUUAUACCUUGUCUCGUGUUGGAUUGAACGUUUUUUUGUCCCAGUUUUGGUAGCACGUGCAGGUUGGUGCCACGUGGAGGUGGCAUCCCAGUACCUGUCCCUUAAUGAUGUGAACGGGGGGGGGGCUCACUGGUUAAUCUGUUACAUAGAAGCCGCCACUUUGGUUCUGUCUAUGGUGCUAUGUGCGGGAGUGACGAGCACUUCCACUGCGGUGUUAGUACAUACGUAGUUCAUACUAUCAAUAGCACUGACGUUAGUUGCGAGCUGCGAAGCGAAGCGGAGUCUGCAGAGCUGGCUGUUGUUGCGGGGCUCAGACUGGAGUGUGGCACCCAGGCAUACCAAAGCUCCUGUUGUGAAUCGUCGCCAUUUUUUAAAUUUUUUUUGUCUCAUCCUCGUCCUCUCGAACGCUCUCAUGAUGUUUACCCGUUUACUUGCUCGAGUAAAUUAUGCAGCCGUCCCGCGCGGACGGCGACUCAGCAUAUCGUUUUCACAAGAUUUAUAAAGGAUAUGUAAAGGUACUUUGUUUUAUGGAUCAGCCUUUCCUCUCAUUAACAUUUCCACCGGUUUGAUACUUUAUAUUUCUCAUUACUCUAUAUUUUUUCGAAGCAUAAUGACACUGCUGUACUUUUCAUAUCCAAUAGUAGCCAAUUUGGCAUUAUCGAGAGAGAGGAGGAAAAAAAAAGAAGAAACGAAGCCAAUUUUUGAGAAUAAGUCAAACGUUAGAAUAGCAUCGCUCACAUAUGCAUUUGUUUACAUUUUCAUAGUCCUGCAGCUGUUAGUGAUCCAUUUUAAAGUAACUUAUCUUUUUUAGAAUUUUGUAUCCAUGUAUCGAAAUGUAGAGUAUUUUUGUAAAACUAAGCUUUUUUGGUUCAUGCUCAUAGCACAGAUAUCAUUGCUGGUGGGUUUUCCCUCGAAAGAGGCCGCAGGUUUAUCGUCAAGUGUUACAACCGGAUUCAGAAAGUGGACAUCAGGACAUUGUUGUGACAUUGAAAGUACUCAAACUGUAGAGCAUAACUCCUGGGCUAGGCUUGUCGUUAUUGUUGUGUGUGUUUGUGUGUGUGUUUUUUUUUUUUUUUUUUUAUUGUCAUGCAUCUCAAAUGGCACUUUGACUCAUCCAUUAACUGUAGAUCAGGUGAGAGUGCGGUAAAGAUGUUUCCAAGCAUUCCAUUCCUCUUGGUUAGGGGAGUUCAAGAGCACAUGAUGUUGUGGAAGGAGACGCGCAGAACAGUUAUGCCUCUUAAAGCCAUACCAACACAGAAAGCCAACCUGUGACUUCAGUUUCAUGAAUGUAGAUUUUACCUCAUGGUGUGGACACUAGAGCUCGCUCUAAAUCUAACAUCGGACCAAUUACAGUUUCAGAGAACGUUUAUUUUGAGGCACAGAGGAUGGGUGGGGUGGCACCAGCUGUCUUUUCUUUUUCUUUCUUUUCUUUUCUUUCUUCACUGUACACUUGUCGAAUCGUUUUGUCUCGGAUUGUGGUGUUUUUUUGUCAUAUUUUCACGUGCAGCCCUUCCCUUUCGUUUUGAGCAAUCCGGGAUGCUCGGUCUGACUCUUCAAAUAGCCACUUCCACCUUCAAAAGAAAAAAAUAAAUAAAUAAAUAAAAAGUUCAUCUAAUUGUGGUGAAGAGAGCACACAAACCUUUGCAUAUUGUCGUUUUUGUCCUUCCGUCAUGUAAAUGAAUAUCCGUGUAUAUUUAAAUGUGAAAUAUACUGCAGGGGUAUCUUGAAUUUCAAUUGUGAUGCUUUCAACAGAACUUUGUGUGCCUUGAUAACUUAACUGUUGCUCUGCUGUGUUUACUGGUGUCCCUUUUUGUGUCUCUGUCCUUUUCAUCCUCUAGGACUGUUUAACAUCAGGACACCUUUCAAUGAUUUCAUAUGGAGUUGUCAACACACGCUAAGCAUAGCCCAUACUAACAUAUUUUAGUGUUUUUUGUUUUUUUUUUUCCUCAAUCCAUUACAACCCGUCAUCGAAUACUCUCGACAUAAUAUUGUGCAGCUUCACCAGUGAAUUGUCACCUUGUUUGUUGUUUUCUAUUGAAAAUGUUUUUCAUGCCUCAUGAGAUUUGUACAUGUGAGGUAAAAGGGACGCGACAGUGGAGAUUGUGUUAUGGAGAACUUUCUCGUGUUGAUGUGCUUGUCAACUAAAAAGUAUUGUUGCUGUGAAAUGCUUGAUCAAAAGGGGCAACCAUGAUAAAUUAACUGUUAAUUGCCAAUAGUGUGAGCUGUAUCUUGUGUGUAAUCCGUUUGCUCACUUUUCCUAGUUCGCUUUCUAUUUCACAUUCUCCAACAGUUCUGUUGUAUCCGUUCUGUGUAGCUUGAGCUUUAGUAUCUAGCCUUAAAACCCUGCAGUAGGGAUAAAGGUCAACCCCAGCGUGUUAUCAUACAUCUGAACUAUUAUUAAUAUGUACUUUGCCUUUGUCUGGACAUUUGUAUACUCUUCUGUUUAUAUCUGUAAUCCUGCUGCUACAUUAAAUCAAUUAAUAAAAAUUUAAAUGUC